AUGAACGGAAGGAUCGUGCACCAGGAGGAAGUGGUGCGCGUGCACGUGGCCUCCACCACCACCACCACCACGGCCGCCUGCAGCAGCUCGUCCAACAGCGCCCCGCCGCCGCGCCGCGCCCUGCUGGUGGACCAGCGCGGCAGCCGCAUCAAAGGACCGCUACAGAAUGAGUCUGGUGGAGAGUUCACCUUCGAGCUGAUCGAGAACUACCCGAGUUUGGGGCUGUCGGCGGUGGACGACGGCUCCGGCACCAUCAUCAACUGGCGGGGGGCGAUGGGCCAGCCCCGAAUCCACCGCUCGUCGGGGCGGCGGGACAAGGACUUCCUGGACCAUGAGACCAUCCCGUCGCCCCGGACGCGCGCCACCGUCCUCGAUCCCUACCUGCCCACCUUCCAGCACCUGCUCUGUGACUACGAGCUCGUUACUUCCUCUCUUCACCUUAAGAACUACCCCGUGUGUGAGAAUGAUCUCUUCGACGUCAACAGUAAGUGUGCACUGUCGGUGCCGCCUCCUGAUGGAGCUGUGGAAGAGGACCGCGGGAGGACGGAGACUCGAGGGCCGCUGCCGCCGGGGCCACAGAUCACCGACCACCAGGCCAGGGCGGCGCUGCUGGCCCACGUGGCGGACCGCUGCUGCUGGGGCUCGGGGGCCGCUAAGAAGAUGGCCAUCGCCAAGAUAAACUACGACUCCGCCUUCCACUAUGAGCUUCAAACGUUUACGGAGAAGCGGGAAACCUCCUGGGCGUUCACCCCUUACGGAGGAGGCGACGUCGAUGGCCCCUCCAACGGCCCCGCGCCCCUGCCUUGGGACGUCGAGGCUCACCCUGCCCACAUGUUCCACGACGAGGUCAAGGUCAUGCAGGUCCCCCACACCGCCUCGGUCAAGGAGUGCCACCGCUGUAAAGGCACCGGCUCCCUCCAGUGCUCCGAGUGCCACGGCAAAGGCUGGACGCGCUGCCUCUCCUGCCACGGCGACGGCUGGUACACUGACUCGUCGGGGUACAAGGAACGCUGCUUCUACUGCCAGUCCUCCACGCAUGGCCACGGGCGCCAGGACUGCCUCAAGUGUAACGCCAAGGGUCGCGUCGCCUGCCCUCCCUGCGACAGCUACGGCCAGAUUCGCUGCUUCAUCCGCCUCACUAUUACUUGGAAGGUGAACACGUCGGAGCACAUCGUGAGGAAGGGGGCGCUGCCGGAGGCCCUGGUGAAGGAGGUGUCAGGACAGGUGGCUUUCGAGGAGGAGGGUGCCCGCAUCCUGCCCCUCACCCAGUUCCCGGACAACACCAUCAACCUCGCCUCGGCCCAGCUCGUCAACAACCACAAAAACGCCUUCCUGGAUGAGCGGAUCUACGCGCAGAGGCACCAGGUCCGCAUCGUGCCCGUGGCGGAGGUGGAGUACGGCUUCAAGGGCGGGCCGGGCAAGUUCUGGGUGUACGGCUACGAGAACAAGGUGUACUGCCCCGACUACCCCCACACCUGCUGCUGGGGCUGCUGCUGCGUCAUGUAGGCCGGUAUCUCCUCCUCCUACUCCUACUCCAGCUUCUCCUCCUCCUCCUCUUCAAGACGCGGACCUCCCCUUUCGAGUGGAUGCUUAUUUGAGGUCCUCCUUCAGCGACUUUCUACAUUCCUCGCUACUCCUCGACUUUCACCCCUCCUGAAGGCUCUGAAGGUGCUCCUGUAGUUGCCGCAUGAGGACGGCACUGGAGGCUCGGCGGGGGCUUGGCAUGAUCGGCGGUGCGGUGCGGGCUGGCGCGGGUCCUGGCCAGGUAGAGGGACAGGUAACUUUAGAGGUUGCGUGCACCUGUGGGCCACCGCUGCGCUAACGGUGGUGAAACUCAGGUAUUUUUUUAAUAUGUAACGAUACUCUUCCCAGGGUUUCCAGGACUUCGGUGGGAAACGUUGAUAUUUUCUUCCCGAACAACCCCACCCCCCCACCCUUCCCCAUCUCCUGACCUCCCCCCCCCCCCUUCCACAGCUCCCCCACCCCCAGAAUAUGAUGAGGAUGCUACUACGAAUAACUGCCAGAACUAAAGACCUUUCUCUUCCAAGUCUAUUGAGGAAUGUGAUUGUUUUUGUUACGUGGACUCGCCGCGUGUUAAUCCGACGACACAGUAGCUACGUGCAAGGCAAAUUGGCUGCCGGGACACUGAACCGACUCGCGAGGGUUUGGUGUGCUUAAAAAGGAUGAAAUUAAUACAAGGAAGCUUCGAUCGGCCAACCAUCCAUGUCCUACCACCACCACCACCACCACUACUACCACCACUACUACUACUACUACUACUACCACUACUACUGCUACCACCACCAUCACCCUUUACACGCCAUUCAGUCCUCUACCAACGAUACACACCACGCGAUAUAUACACCAUCAUCACCACCACUGACCCCACCAUCACCACAACCUCCACAACACCAUCCUUAUACAUACCCCCUUCACGAUACCACCACCAUCACCGCCCCCCCCCCCUCCCAUCAUUACAACCAUCAUCAUCAUCAAUAACUGACAUGGAAGAAGAGGAAAGACAUGAGGUGGUUUGUGAUUUAGAAGAAUUAAAGGAAGUUAAGGAAGUAGUCGUAAAGCGAGGGUAGAAGGAUAGAGAGGAUACAGAUGCACAGUCGUGGUGGUGGUGGUGGUGGUGGCUGUGAUGGCCCGUUCAGUUAAUCCCACAUAAACCUUCUAAUUUAUGGAAAAAGGACUAAAAUCCAUAACGCAUUACACGAAAACAUGAUUGAUUUACGCUAAUAUAUCAAGAGAACGUUUCAAUGCAUCAACUCCAGCCCAGUGAAAGGAAGAGAUAAGGUUAUAAGAUACAACGAAAAUGUAAAGAACAUCAGACCUCUACAGAAGACAAAAGCAAUAUAGUUCAGCCCACAAAUCAAACGUACGAAGAACGAGUCAAGAGAACCCCAAACCCUCCUCGUGCAGGUGCGGCGGGAGUGUUCCGGCGGGACAGGCGCCUCACGCCCUCUGCCCUUCACCUGCUUCUCGGCCUCAACCUGACACUGAAUCUACACCGCGUACCGUUUGAUAGUCUGGGUCAUUAUAGGUAAUAGGACCGCAUACAAAUAUUUUAAAACCCCGACUGCCUAACGUAACCUAAGGGAUAAUAACCUGACUUUACCAAAAUAGUAACCCAGCCCAAAUAAAAUAGUAGUUAACUAAACCCACUUAAAAUAGAGGAGAUUUUUCAAAGUUUGAAGGAGAAGCGAUGGAGAAGUCAGGAGUCUGAACUUGUUUCGGAAAGAUACGGUCCUGUUAUCUAAAAUUACCGUAUUUUGUACCGCCGAUGCCUCUACCGGACGACAGAACUCGUUACAAACAGGCAUCGGCCUUGGCGCAGCCCUUCCUGCAAGGUUUCAGAAACACAUAACUAGGUAAACCUCACACUCCUGAGGCAGGUAUGCACAGGUUCUUCCUCGUGGACUUUCUUCCUCAAACCAUAAAACAUUGCGUCGAAUAUCGCCAGUGCACGUUUAAUGGUGUAUGUCACAGGCAUUAACCUUAAGUUGAAUCAUCCUUAGUUAAACGUAAGUUGUCAUUGCGCUGACGGUAUUCAACAACCAUAAGACACAAUUAGAACCGCCGUCGGUGGUAGCUCCCGACACCCCGAGUCCCGGUGACGAGAGGCGAGGCUUAACGGCGAUGAGAUGCUGUUAAGACGAUGACGAGUCGUGACGUGAGACGAGGGAAGGAAGAAACCCAUGAAACUGAGCUUCCGGUUAAAGAUGAAAGAUUUAGGACUUCAAAAUAGAUAUGAGUGGCGACUUUAUAAAGAUAAAGAUUGUAUAUAAAGGCGUGAGGAGAAAAAUAUGAUUUGGAAGAGUAUAAUUUUUCGUAGACGGAAAAGCAGACUAAAGACGAAGGGCAGAGUAAGGUUUAGUAGAUAAUUAUAGAGAGAGGAGACGGAUCGCUAUUGUUAUAAGGAAACAGUAUAAGCAGCGGCUCCAGCAAAGUGCAGGGGCAGCGCUCGUGUUUCCCGGCGCUGCUCAGCCCAGGCGCGGCGCUCCCCCUCCUCGCGGCGGCCGAGGUCGCUCGCCGAACUCUCCCGGACAUUGUUUAGCGGGGUGUUGAGCUAAUGACCGACAGCGUGAUAUUUCAUUCUUUUUGGUCAAGGACACACAGUGAAUCGGGUCGAAUUGUCACGGUAAAAAUAAUAACAAUAAUACCCUUCGCCACUCCCAAACUUUGUACAUAUCCAGAGUUUUUCUGUGAGCUGUUUGUGGACCAUAGAAUGGGGUAUGUUUUAGCAAGCAUUGCCAUAAUUCCAACAAGACCGCAAUCAAAAGACAAAAUACUAUAUUAGCUUUAAAACAGAUACCAAAGUUAUAACCCUAAACAGAUUUUUUUUUUCCAAUUUAAUAAAAGGUUAAAAAAAACUACUAAGCAACGCUUCAAUGUUGAGGGUAGCGCUGAUGUGUAGCCACGUGUAGUAACUGUCACAUCCUCUCACAUUGUUUUACCUUAGAGACUAAAGACAAGUUUGGUGUUGUGUUGUAAUCCUGUAUUUGUAACACUGGCGACGUUCACCCGCCCGUGCGUUCACUUCAGAAUACGUUCGCCGUCUGCCCGCCGCUCUAACCAAUCAGAUGUGCCUCUACCGCCUACCACGCUGUGAUUGGUACGGGCGGAGAGGGCGAGGCGGGCAGUUCCUCAGUGGGCGCAGGGCGGCGGGGCCUCAGCUGUGCCCUGGACGAGUGUCGCCAAACAGCGCUGAACACAUUUUCAGGUCUGGUCCGCCGCCACACUAUACAGAGAUUGUAGUGCGUUUGCUGUGUGCCAGAAAUUCCAACGUUGACUCUUGAAACAGCAAAAACAUGCCACAAGAUCGCCAGGCACAUGUAUUAGAUUUUCCGAUGUUAUUUAAAAUCUUUCAGUGCGUUAUUCGAUCCAAUGAGUCGCGUGCUUCGAGUCAGCGAUGGAACUUCUUUCGGUCCAAAGUAAAAUAGUUAUAUUUCAUUUGAGCAUCAAGCCAUCCCCUUCCCCAGGCCAGGCGUAGACAGUUCUUGUAUACACGACCACCAAUAGUUUUGUACAUAUACCGCUAAACUCUCUCCCAGACCUCUUCCUGCUUCCCCCACAGACUUAGUAAAGGAACGCCGCCUUCAUUACCUAAAAAAAAUCGCAGUUAAUUGUAACUCAGCACUCCCCCGUGUAGGAGUCAAGAAUCUGUCUUUUAUUUGGUAUUUUUGUAAAGAAUCAAUGGCCUGCCUGGGGAUAACAUACUCCAUUUUCAUUUAUAUAUAUUUGUAAAUCGUGUACAUACUCCGCAGGUCAUCAAAGUCUCUAAAUUACGCGGGAAAAGUUAAUCAAGACACUGAUACUGGACAUGCUGAGUCAUUUUUGUAGCGUCGCCCCACCAAGAGUCAUCACUGUACAUACCCAUAACGCUCUGUCCCACACACGUGCAUAAGAAUUCUGUGUACAAAAAGUUUCAUUUGAGUCCCCCUACACACACACACACACACACACACACACACACACACACACACGUACAUGCGGUUUUGAUAUAGACGCUUCGUGCUUCGGUAUCAUCGUCUCAGCUUCUUUUCUACUCCCGUAACACUGGCUUCCGCGGUGUUGAAAAUUUCCCUGUCUUUUUUUUACAUAAGUGUAUCUGCAAGUGGUACAAAAGCGCUGUUUGUGUAGGAUUUAGGUGUUGUACUGUUGGCUUGAGUGUCAGGUAGAGAUGAAAAAAGUUGUGUUUUUGUAAAUUUUAUGCUGGAAUACACAAGAGUUUUUUUGUUGUUGCUAAAGACGUUGUAAUUUUAUUAUUGUUGGAAACAGAUUAUAACAGUAUAUUCGAGAUGUUUAUUUCCACCGAUUUGCAACUGCUCAGAGGCCAUAAUAAUGUACCGAUAGAAAAAAUAUUUGUACUAGAACACUUCAUCUGUAUAUUUAAAAAGUAUCGUUACGCAAUACUUCCCCGCAGAAACAUAACACUAGUUCAUCACUGAAGAAAAACGUUCCCGUAAAAUAUAUUGCCCCUUGUACCUUCCCUUCCCCCCCUGUCCUUCCUUACCGCCUCGAAUCCCCUCGGGCGGUGCAAACGCUGUCAGGGGUGAGGGGGCAUGAAGGGAAGGGAAACAUGGGGCGGCGCUGAAGGAGUAACGUGCUGAUAGCCAUUCCCCUCCCUCGCCUCCCCUCACCUCACCUCCCCUCACUCACACCUGCUCAUCCCACACUGUAUCUCGUGAUUCAUUUCUAGUCAUUUCACAAAAGUCACACAUUCGAAGUGGUAACGAGGUACAGUCACUUAUAAAAGAGAUACACUCCCCCAGAGCGAAAAGUCUUGUCAUUCGCACCAUCCAGUGUUAGUAACCGUGAACCUGAAGUCUGGAUGAAUCUAAAUUGUAAAGUGAAGUUGUGUUAGGGAAAGCAACUCCUCCCAACCGUUGAAUAUCACUUCCCUUUAACCCAACUCACCUCGUGUCAGGUGCAUUGUUGCCAACACUGAAUGCUACGAGUUACAAGAUCGUUCGCUUGGAGUGGCUAACUUGCUUGUAUGGGUGUCUGUACGUAUCAUUGGACAGUAAAGUGUUUAUAUAUGUGUAAUGUAUAUACCCACUGCGUAUACGUGAUGGGUUACGUGUAAAUUGAAAUGUAUAACGCAAAUUUAAUUACGAGUUACCACAGAGGAGAAUUUUAAGAGAUUUUUAUAUAAGCCUUAAGAGUUGUGGAUUUGUUAGAUUACUAAAAAAUUGUACACACAUUAUAUCUGAUAAAGUUUAUGUAAAAAAUAUAUUUUCACAAUACACCUGCAUCCAACAUACCUAAUUAGGAGACUAUGAACACAGCCGAGCCUUGACCACUUAUAAAGCGCACACACACACACACACACACACACCUUGAUAGCUUUAUAAUCUCAGGAUGAUGAAGAGUUUCUGCAACACAUGACGGCCAAAUAAUAAUAAUAAUAAUAAUAAUAAUAAUAAGGCUCAGCUGUGCUUCAGACCAAAAGUAAUCACACCAAUACAUUUCAUGGAAUUUACUUAAGUGUGUACAAACAAAGCUUUCAAGUCUAUGGAGUAUGAAAAAAUAACAUUGCCAAAAAAAAAGAUGGAAACAAUAAAGUAGACACCAACAAUAAGAUCCCACAAACAAACACUGGUGUCAUACAAAAUUUAAGUUAAAAUUAUGAUCAUGAAAUAAGAAGUCCUGAUCCUAUUGAGUUUUCGUAACUAGCCUAGCAUUCUGUGUCGAUAUCCUCAGACGUUUCCACCUUUCACAUCAACUAUUUCUAAAGGUCAUAAAGGAGAUAGAUCGGAUAUUUAUGAGGGCUUUUUCACAAUCAUAGCAUAGAAGAAGGGUCAUGCUACCACCAGGACCAUUAAACUACCCCUGGAAGUGUCUAAAACUAGCCUAGCCUUCUGGGUUAAUAUAUCCUCAUACGUUUCCACUUCUCACAUCAAUUAUUUUCUAAGGUCAUAAAGGAGAUAAAUCGUAUAAUUCUGAGUGCUUUUUCACAAUCAAAGCAUAAAAGAAGGGUCAUGCUACCAUCAGGGCCAUUAAACCACCCCCUGGAAAUGUCUAAAACUCCUACGAAAAGAGUGUCAAAUAUGUGUUGGUUAGUUUGUUUGCACACACUGAAGAAUCCUCCUUCACCAGCCCCUCCCUGACGAAGCAGUAGAAGUCUCAGUUUGUCAGUUCCUACAGUCACACAGGCGCCCAUCCCCCCCUCCCCUGCUCUGGGCCAAGGAGCGUCGCCCAUGUUCCCUCGACUUCGUUUCUGCUGCGUCACACUCAUUGUUUCCCAUUUCCACUGAGUUCCACUGUUUGUCAGUCACAGUUAUCAUCUACAAUAUUCAUGACGAAACCAAUAAAUGUUGACCAUGA